AUCCAGCAACCACACCACCAAGAUUAAACGUCCCUCGCUGUCUCACGUCAAUUUUUCUCCACCGACACGAGGAUCGCUAAAUAAUGACCUUCCUAAUUCUCACUGAGACUAGUGCUGGCUACGCCCUUUUCAAAGCGAAGGACAAGAAACUUCUCAAGAAAGAUGACCUGGCUAAAGAGAUGAGCACCCCCGAGGGCGCUGCUAGUUUAGUGAGGUUGAAACAAUUUUCAAAAUUCGAUAGUGCGGCAGCUGCUCUGGAGGAGGUAUCAUGCAUUGUGGAGAAUAAGGUGUCUCCUAUGCUCUCUAGUCUAUUAAACUCGGUCAAGGAUGAAAAAAAGGCAUCUCUCGUUGUUGCUGAUCCAAAAUUGGGAAAUGCCAUCAACAAACUUCCUGGAUUGUCGUUUCAAAUUAUCUCGGAUUCCUCUACCAAUGACCUAUAUCGAGCAAUACGCGAGCACCUUACGGCAUUGAUUCCAGGCUUGACUCCUAACGAUGUUUCUACUAUGUCAUUAGGUCUAUCACAUUCCCUGUCGCGGCACAAGCUCAAGUUCAGUCCUGACAAGGUCGAUACCAUGAUCGUGCAAGCAAUCGCACUUCUCGAUGACCUUGACAAGGAGCUUAACAUUUACGCAAUGCGCGUCAAGGAGUGGUAUGGGUGGCAUUUCCCUGAGAUGGGGAAAAUUAUCAACGAUAACCUUGCCUAUGCCAAGGUUAUCAAGGCUAUGGGCAUGAGAACCUCUGCCGCUACAACAGAUCUUGCGGAAAUCCUUCCGGAGGAGAUCGAAACUGCCCUCAAGGCAGCAGCAGAAGUUUCAAUGGGGACCGAAAUCACAGCUGAGGAUCUCAACAAUAUCACACUACUCGCAGACCAGGUUAUUUCCUUUACAGAGUACAGGCAACAGCUUUCCUCUUACCUCUCCGCUCGCAUGACCGCCAUUGCUCCCAACCUCACGGCCCUCGUUGGUGAACUUGUCGGCGCCCGUCUUAUUGCCCAUGCGGGUUCUCUCAUGAACCUUGCCAAGUCUCCUGCUUCAACUGUCCAGAUUCUCGGUGCUGAAAAGGCUCUUUUCAGGGCUCUCAAGACUAAACACGAUACUCCCAAGUACGGAUUGAUUUACCACGCAUCCCUCAUUGGGCAAUCAACCGGAAAGAACAAGGGAAAAAUUGCUCGCAUGCUUGCUACCAAGACGGCCCUCGGUUUGAGAGUUGACGCUCUAGCCGACGAUAAGGAUGGAUCGGCGACUUUAGGCUUGGAGAUGAGAGCCAUGAUUGAGAACAGAGUUCGAAAACUCGAGGGCAAGCCGGCUGUUCCUCGUGGCAACGCCAACACAACAUCCAUCGUCAGUUUGAGAGCACCUGGGAAGUGGGAGAUAAAGGAGGCUAAAAAGUACAACCCCGAUGCGGACACUGCCAUGGAGGAUACACUGCCGGCCGCUCAAGCGGUAGCCGAGGCCGCUGUAAGGGCUAUCGGCCAAGAUAUUGCCAUGGGCGACGACGACGAAGAAUCAUCCGAGGAUGGUGAGGAGGCGGAGAAGACCGAGAAGGGAAAGAACAGUCUCGUACCUGUUAUUCCCACAUCCAAGGAUGACAAAGAAGGGGAAAGUAAUGGGGACGACGAAGAUGAGGAAGCAAAGAGGAAGGCUGAGAAGAAAGCCAGGAAAGAAGCUAAAAAGUCCAAGUCGUCCAGCAAGAAGAGACGAAAGAGUGAAGGCUCGUGGGGGGCAGCCGCUAGCAAUACAGACCAUAUGUCUGCACAUAGUCUCCACGCGUCUGUGCUUAUCCUCCCUAAUCCCCAAUUAUCGAGCCCGGAACACCUUGCUUAUGUACCCCGAGUGAAGAAAAACAUUACUUUCGCUAUCGAUAUCUCUGCCAACAUCCGAACCCUUCACACGGGCGUCGCUUCGCAGGGUGAUGACAUCUCCGGCUUGCUCUAUGUGCCUAUGGUAAAUGAGACCACGACAUGCCAUGGCCUCUCUUCUGUCCCUACCAACGUUACACACAAGGAUGACCUUCCGGAUGCCAUCUACGAUUUGAUUGCUUUUGCGCCUUGGAUGUCGAGAGACUGUAGUACUAGAUUUUUGAAGGCCGCCCAGGUGGACGCAAGUGUUGUUAAAGGAUUUAUAUUUUAUCUCGAUGAUAAAGCUGCGAAGAUUCCCGAGGUGAAGGAUCCUUAUUGGCAUGGUGUUCCAUUCGAUAAUUUCGAGUUCCCAAUCUAUGCCAUCCCUGGGAGAGAUGGCAUACCCCUGUUGGACAAGAUUGCCGAAUAUUCCGGGAAUAUGUCGGAGGUUUGGGAGGCCCAAAAUCUAACGUCCUACUAUGAUCCAAAGGAUUUUGCCAGGGUUUAUAUGGAGGUAGAUACAGGCCAUCGGAACCCGUUACCAGGACUCUGGUUGUUCCUACUGAUAGUUCUCGGCGUGCUUCUUGGCAUUGUGGGAUUAACGUCUCUUAGCAUGCAUAUGCUUCAAUACCGACAUCUGCAGGGACUUCGCCGUCGAGUUGCAAACGGACAGGUCGACCUCGAAGCAUUAGGCAUAAAGCGACUCUCUGUCCCACGACGAAUUCUGGAAAAGUUCCCAAUUCGAAUAUAUGUUCCUGAACCAACAUCUCCUACUAUUCCCGCAUCCACCUAUUCCUUGCCGGUAUCCCCUCGACCUACCCGAUCUAUUUCUAAUCCUCCAAGAACUCCCCCACCCGUUAGAUAUUUUGCCCCUCCCGAUCCACCUUUACCACCUUCACCUACGCCUGCGAGACGACGUCAAAGCCGGGACCGACGUAAUGACCCUGUGCAUGAUACAACUCUCCAACGUGGUUAUUCUCAAUCACAAUGCUCCAUCUGCUUAGACGACUUUAUUCCGUAUUCCACAGCUGUCCGUGAAUUACCUUGUCUUCAUGUCUUCCAUCCUGAUUGCAUCGACCCAUUUCUCGAAACCCAAUCUUCUCUAUGCCCAUUGUGCAAGGUUUCAGCGUUACCCAGAGGCUAUGUCCCGCCUCAGCUGACCAAUGCCACGGUGCGACGAGAGCGGAACCUUCGGCGGAUGCGGGCUCGAGUGGAUGCCGGUGGCGGCGUUUUGUCUUGGUGGGCCAGACUUAGGUUCCGCAUAAGUUCAAGUAGGCAUGAGGAGGAAGAGCGUGAUCUCCGAAAUACUGCGAGAAUGGCGGUAGCGCGAAACAAUCCGGUGACGGAAAUAAGCGAAUACAGUAGAGGAUCAAGCCGAUUGCCCGCGGAUAGCCCGGGGGAGUCCCACGUGGAUGACGAGGAAGUGGGGGAGAAUAAUCGUUCCAGGUGGAGAAAAGCUAUGAAGACAUUGUUUCCUGGCUUUGGGUAGCAUACUGCUAGAUUAGUAUCGUAUUUGAGUAUUGGUCUCUCUUUCGGUUUAGGGGGUGUUAUAUUCUAUCAUUUGCAUUCCUGUUACUAUAUCAUUGGGUUACGAAUGGGUCGCUCUUUGGUGCAUGGGUUGUUUUUGAAUGUCCCUGGGGUGGAUUGAGUGCAUGGGAAUUCUGGCGUUCUUGUUUCCAUUUUCCAUUCUCUCCUCCCCACACGUCUGGCGGAUGGGGUUGAAAUUGCAUGAGUUUGUCUGGCGGUCGAUUGGGAAUGGCGCUUAUGUCGUUAGGCAAUAUACCACGAUGGAAUUCGUA